GGGUUUAACAAUAUUUGACGGGAAUUGCUUUGUCUUCCUCUCAGCCAUGCAUUUCUUAUCCAAAUCGAUCUGUCUUUGUCUGCAAAGACUACACAAGUAUACGUUGUUGUUGAGUAAAUGAUAAGACAUUUCUAAUUACCAUUUGACAGCCAUUGACUUGCUAAUUACCAUCAGAGUCUGCGUCAUAGUCGUCGUCUACGUUUUACAACCAUGAGUCUCCUUAUAAGGGAGUGCAUCCUCAUCCCAAAUCUAAGGGCUAAAAACUUUUAGGGAGUAACAAGGCUUCAUGGAAAUUGCUCCGAUGAAUUUCAGCUCCUUUUUUUUCAGGUCUUUUGGUUUAUAUGUAUUAUUUAUAUGUCUAGUUCUCUGCUCUUUGGAGAAGGGUUUUGCCUUGGCAGGAAGAAAGGAUAAACUUACUCAUCACACAGUUCAGUUGAACUCUCUACUGCCAGCAACUACUUGCACCCCCUCCACCAAAGGUCACAACAAGAAACAUGGAUCAGUACUAGAAGUGGUACACAGGCAUGGCCCUUGCUACGAACCCAACCAACACAAAACCAAAACCGCUACAGAUCUUCACGAAUAUUUCACUCAAUUCUUCAAGCAAGACCAAGCACGAGUCGAUUCAAUCUACUCCCGCCUAAAGGCCACCAAAAGAUAUUCAACCAAAACAGAUGACAACAUUCCGAUUACGCAAUCGGAAGAUACCAACACCUUCCCGGCCCCUUCUGCCAGGACGGUGGGUGGUUCUGGCAACUACGUUGUGAAGGUCGGAUUAGGCACGCCGGCCAAAAGUUUUUCCCUCGUAUUCGACACCGGAAGCGACCUAACUUGGACUCAAUGCCAGCCUUGUCGAUUCGGCACCGGAAGCGACCUAACCUGUUACGACCAAACGGAGCCCAUAUAUGACCCGUCACUCUCCACCUCCUACGCCAACAUCUCAUGCAACACCGCAACUUGCAAUGAGCUGACGUCGGCCACAAGCACUGGACCCUACUGUUACCGGGCGACGAACACGUGCCUGUACCUCAUUGGGUACGGAGACAACUCCACAUCCGCCGGAUAUUACGGAACCGAAAGGCUCACGUUGACCGCCACUUCGACCGACGUGUUUGAUGGCUUCCUCUUCGGGUGCGGCCAAGACAACGAAGGUCUCUUUGUUGGCAUUGCCGGUUUGCUUGGUCUCGGCCGGAACAAGAUAUCCCUCAUCGAACAAACCGCCGCAAAGUACGGCCGAUAUUUCUCCUACUGCCUUCCUGUCGACCAGAGCUCCACAGGCUUUCUCCGCCUCGGCAACGACCGAGGAAAUUCCGCCGCCGUUAAGUUCACGCCGCUCACCACCCUUGCUGCAGGAGAAUCAUUUUACGGGCUCGAUUUGGUCGGCAUCAGUGUCAGCGGACAACAGGUGUCCAUUCCGUCGACGGUUUUUUCCACCGGAACUCUCAUCGACUCGGGGACAGUGAUAACGCGGCUGCCGGCAGUGGCGUACACCGCGAUGAGAGACGCUUUUAGGGAAGGGAUGAAGAGCUAUGGGGAACCCAAGACAGUUGAGGGGGUACUGGACACUUGCUACGACCUUAGAGCGUAUAACUUGGAUACGGUCUCGUUUCCGGCGGUAGCGUUUACGUUCAGUGGCGGGCUUACUUUGGAAUUGAAAGUGGGGGGGACAGUGGUUGUGAUAGUUGAUACUUCGCAGGUUUGCUUGGCGUUUCUUCCUACCCCCGAAGAGGGGAUCAUUGGGAAUUUUCAGCAGAAAGGGUUUGAAGUGGUGUACGAUGUUGCAGGAGGGAAGAUUGGAUUCGCCACUGGAAGUUGCUAAAUUGAAUAUGAUUAAGUAAUAAAUCAGGUUUAGAGUGGUCUCAAAUCUGAAUUAAUUUAGCACUACUGUCUACUGAGUCAUUUUGCUGAAUAAAUUUUGAUGAACACAGUUCAUGCAUGUAUGUAGCUACAGAAUUUGGUGACAUGUUUAGGGUUUGAGUGCGCGUAUAACUAUAUAUAUAUAGCUCAAGUAUAAAUAAUGGAAGCAUUUGGCAAGAUUUCCAGAACAAAAUUAUUUACUCCAUUUGUGGUUCUCUUGCUUGGGUUCGUAUGAUGUCACUUUGUGGAACAGUCAUUGGGAGAGAGAAGUAUCAAACACUAGACCUAAUGUGUAGAGAUUAAUACUCUUAAAUAUUUGAACUAUAUAUAAAAUACUUGUACAUUCAAA